AUGAGGACGUCGUCUGACCGUUGGGAUCCAUCCAGUGUCUCACGAUUAUGCACGAUUUUCCGUUCGUUUAUCUUUCUUGAUUUUUUCUAGAACCCUGAUUUUUAUGUACCUUUUUGCGAUGGUUUUUAGUCGGCUAGUCCAGUUUGAUUUAUGAAAUUUGAAUUGAUCCGGCAAGCCUUAGUUUUAGAAAAAAAUGAUGAUUUUAAAAAAAUCAUCUCAAGAUAAUCUAAGUCAGAGUCAGUUUGAAAGAAUAAAACUUUGAAAUAAUUUUUCAAGUUUAUUUUAAUGUUUAUUAGUGGACUCGAAGGAUUUUUCAGUACAUCAAAUAUUUUUCAGUUUUGAAUCCUUCUCCUACAUCUCCAUCUAUCUCACCCUUUGUUGAAAUCCACGAAGGAUGCAGUAGAAAACAAGAAAACACGGCCGCUUCUGACCCAUUAAGCACGUGUAGGUAUUCUUCGACGGCAAGCAGUUCGUCGUACAGCCCUUCUUCCAUUCCAUUCUCCUCCUUUUCUAUAGAUUUAUGUGGUUACUACAAAUAUUUGGCGGAACCUUUUUUGAUUUAUUGUUCAUCACUUCAAGAAGUUUGCCUUGAAUGGAGACCCUUUACCUUCUACGAUUCUUGACAAAAAAGGCAAGCUCUUGAAUAACACUUGUUGAUGCUUUCACUACGGGUUUGUCCCAAGAACCGCCGUCAGUUUUGGCACCGAAAAGAAAGCAAAAAACGAGAUAUGUGCGAUGAAUGAAUGAAGUUGAGUGGUUCAGAUCGGCGGGGUUGAUUGCGCAACAAGUGCCACAGGCUUUCUUUUCUUCUUGUCCCAAUCGCCAAGUUGUUUCGGAGGAUCGCCGAUUAUCACUUCUAUCAAUUGUGACCGACAUCGGUUCCACUCGCUUGACCCAGCGUUUCCCCCGUUUCUGA